UGAGGCCCACGGGGAUCACAGCUACGAGGGAGGCCUGGGGGCCACGAGCAUUCCCCACAGCCAGCGCUUCCCCGGAUCCUGCCAAGUACAGAAACUGAGGUCGCAGACCUGCGGACACCCGGGACCACGUCCUGCUUUGAGCCGGUGCCGUUCCCCCUUUCGGAGGCCUGGUCACAGCCCCGAGUCACUGGCUUAGAGACCUAUGAGGCUUUAGUGUGGGUUAGGGUGGUCCCGCGAGGCCCAAGGCCCCCCAGCAGGGGACCGUGACAGGGAGUGCUGGGUGGGGUAUUGUGGGCAGGAAGCGGAAGCAGAGUAACCCCUAGCUGCAGCUGAGCGCGCCAGGCUCACUUCCACUCAACAGCCAGAGCUGGUGGUGGGCGCCUGAGCACUGAGGUCGGAGGACUGAUGGACCUGCCCCGUGCCCUGGGGGUUGGGGCACUGCUGGCCCUGCCAGGGGUCCUGUGCUCGGGCGGCAGCACCAACAGCGAGGGCUCGAACUCUGGCACCGUCGUGCUGCUGCUGCUGCUGCUGCUGCUCCUGCUGGCCACCGGCCUGGCACUGGCCUGGCGCCGCCUCAGCCGCGACUCGGGGGGCUACUACCACCCGGCCCGCCUGGGCGCCGCACUGUGGGGCCGCACCCGCCGCCUGCUCUGGGCCAGCCCCCCGGGCCGCUGGCUCCGGGCCCGGGCUGAGCUGGGGUCCCCCCAUGACGACCCAGAGCAGCAGCAGGACGAGCAGGACGGGGAAGACGACUACCACCCGGUCGGCGGCCUGGAGGAGGCAGAGUCCCGGGAGGAGGAGCCGCGGUGCGUGGAGGGGCCCGGCCCCCGGCAGGACCCAGAGCCCGCUGAGGAAGCGUGUGACAGUAACGCCGGUGGGGGCCUGGGCCUGGGCUCCCAGGGGCCGGCGGGCUCGGGGGGCAGUGCUGAGGCCCUGCUGAGUGACCUGCACGCCUUUGCUGGCAGCGCGGCCUGGGACGACAGCGCCGAAGCGGCCGAGGGCCAGGACCUCCACGUCACCGCACUGUAGGAGCCAGCGUGGUGCCACAUCCCUGUCACCAUGCCCCUGCUUCCCAAGCCGCCGUGGCUGCUUGGACACAGCCUGCCCUGGUCCCGCUGUCACCCACACCCCCAGAUGGACACUCUCAGACUGUCACUCCCCCCACCCACUCCGUCCCCAGAGCUGUGCAUCCCUGUCCCCACCAGGAAGGCCACCCAUCCCUAUGGGCACCGGGCAGCCACCUGAAAUAAAAGCCCUCCAGCCCCGUG